AUGGCAGAUUCUGACUUUCUUACUGAAAAGCUUCACGCGGAAGUGCCAUUAUUUGACCACUACACUAGCCCUCAACAACGUGAAACCAUAGAGACCUUAGCUGAGGUGUAUUCCCUGAUAAUAACCCUUGAUCAGGUUGAGAAAGCGUACCUCAAGGACUGCUUGUCUAGCGAAGAUUACACAGUCACUGUCAACAAACUGCUAGCUCAAUAUAAAACGUACUUAUCGAAUGAAGAUGUCGCGAAAGAGUUCGGUGACUUGACGGCCUUCAAGGAGAAAUAUAGCAUAAGUGCAUCAAACGCUAUUACCAGAAUUGAGAGGGGGAUGCCAGUGACAGUUGAACAUGCUAUACAAAGUAAAACUACCAAAGAAAGCUCAAAUGGAUCAGCAAAAUAUAGCGGGAAGGCCGUAGCAGAGGCAACAGGAAACUUCAUCACAGUGAUGGACGCGCUGAAGCUCAAUUACCGCGCGAAAGACCAGUUACAUCCCCUCAUGUCCGAGCUUUUGCUGAGCAUAAACAGAGUAACUUCGCAAGACUUCGAUAAUAGAAGGGACCUGGUGGAGUGGAUUGUGAAGAUCAACAAGAUGAGAGCGGCAGAAAAGCUGUCAGAAGAUGAAGCAAGCGAGUUGCUUUUCAGCGUAGAUACCGCCUAUAAAAGCUUCUAUACGUUGCUGGAGUAA